AACUAAUUAACAAAUCAAAUUAACCUCAUUUUGUCAUCUAUCAGACGAGAAGAAAAUCCAGGAUCGCCAUGGGACAAGUCUUCGACAAGCUCCGAGGUAAGCAGUGGAGGCAAAAACAGGUACAGACGAUAUGUGAUCGUGUUUUCGAUCGGUUCAAGCUUCAAACCGGAAGAGCCAAUCUUUCCUUUGAAGAGCUUUACAUCGCCGUGCUUCUCGUCUACAAUGACAUAAACAAGCGAUUGCCUGGUCCUCAUUUCGAUCCGCCUUCUAAGGAUCUUGUCAGAAGCAUGAUGACGGACUGUGAUAUAAACAUGGAUGGAGAAAUUGACCGGGAGGAGUUUGUGAAGUUUAUUGAGCUGCUUACGGCUGACACAUUCGCGGUGGUGAGCCAAGGUUUGAUCAUAUCCUUGAUCGUGGCUCCGACUGUUGCUAUAGCUACAAAGAGGGCCACGGAAGGUGUCCCUGGAAUUGGAAAAGUGGUGCAUAAGCUGCCUACUUCAGUGUAUGCUUCUCUUGUCACCCUUGCAGUGGUGUGGGUUAAUUCCGAGACAAGUUAGAGGAGCUUCUGUGAUGGCUAAAGCUUGCUAUCAAAAUAAAUGUCUUUGUAUUGAACUGGUAUUACAAUUUCAUUUGCACGAAAAUACAGAAACGGUUGAUGACUUGAUUCAACUAUUACUCUAUGAAUUUGUUUUGUUAUCCGUUUUAAAAUACAUAGCGGGCUGAUUACUAGCUUUGUGAUUUUACUCUUGAUGGACAGCUAGUUCC